CUCGCGCUCGCCCUCCUUGGACAUCUCGAAGGAAGGAAGGAGGAGAGAUGUCGCAGCAAAGGGCCUUCUUAUCAAGGGUCUCGUCAUCGUCCCUUGGUCUCUUCAGGGAGUCCAGAAACUGGGCGCGGCGGGAGCGGGGCGAGGUGGAAGAGGAGGAGGAGAUAGAUGGGGGAGGUAGGGAUGGGGCGUUGGAGGUUCCAGGGGAGGAGGAGGAGGAGGGCGGGAGGUGGGAGCGGAUGCCGCCGGAGCUGAUCGGGGAGAUCGUGCAGCGGGUGGAGGCCGGGGGGGAGCGGUGGCCGCUGCGGAAGGACGUCGUGUCCUGUGCCUGUCUCUGCCGAAGGUGGAGGGAAGUGACCAGAGGGAUCGUCCGCCCCCCGCUCGAGACCGGCAAGAUCACCUUCCCCUCUUCCCUCAAGGAGCCAGGGCCAGCGGAUAUUCCGAUCCAGUGCUUUAUUAAAAGGAACAAGAAGAACUCGACCUUCUAUUUGUAUCUCGGCUUGACACAAACAUUUAUGGAUAAGGGAAAGUUCCUUCUGGCAGCUCGUCGGUUUAGGCAUGGUGCUCGCACUGAGUACAUCAUCUCUCUUGAUGUUGAUGGCCUGUCUCAAGGAAGUAAUGCAUAUGUGGGAAAGUUGAGAUCCAACUUCUUGGGUACAAAUUUUAGAAUCUAUGACAGCCAGCCACCACACAGUGGUGCAAAAGCAUCAAGCAGUCGAGCAAGCCGGCGAUUCGCAAGCAAGCAAAUUAGCCCACAGGUUCCUGCUGGUAAUUUUGAGGUCGGACAGGUGUCGUAUAAGUUUAACCUUCUUAAAUCAAGAGGGCCAAGAAGGAUGCAUUGCACUCUAGAAUGUCCCGUGGGCAACUCGGAGGAAGACUCACCAAAGCCGAAGGCACAUAGUGGUGGGGUACCCCUAGUUCUCAGGAACAAAGCUCCUCGGUGGCACGAGCACCUGCAGUGCUGGUGCUUGAACUUUCAUGGUCGGGUCACAGUGGCCUCAGUGAAGAACUUUCAGCUGGUGGCAACUGCAGAUGCCAGCCAACCGCCAGGUGUCGGGGAUGAAGAGACGGUGCUGCUGCAGUUUGGUAAGUUCGGGGACGACCUGUUUACCAUGGAUUACCGGCAGCCACUCUCGGCCUUCCAGGCAUUUGCAAUCUGCCUCACCAGCUUUGGUACAAAAUUUGCCUGUGAAUAACAACCUUCCCGGAUGCUCUUUCCCUGCCAUAUGCUGUCCUGCAGUUGUAGUAACACCAUAUCCUUUGCUUCUUCCUUGUCUCGCUGGGGCCGAGGAGAUGUUGUUUGUAUCGUCAGCUGCCCAGCUGCCUCUCUUCAGUGACUUCUGAACAAGAUGACUGUGUUGUUGUGACUUUUUAGCAACUGUAUUAACGAUCAAAUCUUCAAGUAUAUAUAUUUUGCAAUCUGAAGUUUAUUAUUA